AUGCUUAACAACACAAACCUUGACGUACGUAUUCGUGUCCUUCACCACAUAAUAUGCCAGACGCAUGCGUGUUAUAAGAACGGCUAUAAAAGUGUAGCAAGUUACAAGAACGACCGCAGAAGCCGGGCCGCAUGCGUAGGAGGCGCACGUAGGCGAGGUUGGAGCAGGUUGAGAGCCUUGAUUUUUCUAAUUCAAUCAGGACUGGAAAUACCGAAAUCACAUCUGCGGGCGUGGAUUAUGGGCGCCGUAUUCCCUCGAUGGUCGUGCGGCUUAGGGACGAUCGUGGCCUGUCUGUUUGUAUUAACGCAGCCCGUCUUAAGCAUAAGGCCAGCAUGGUGGACCGAGGCAGAAGUUGGAUCCAGGGCCGCCAGUCCGCUGAAAUUUAAGUUCGCUCGGGCUCCCCACCUCCGGAUCGCCGCCGAGUCUUGGCCUCCUCACGUGCAGGUGCAGAGGGUCGAGGCGGGAGGAGGCCAGGUGGUCACGAGAGCAGUGGGGCCAAUGGCCAACUUCCUGGACGUUCUUGCGAAGUCGCUGAACUUCAC